AUGUCCCCUCUUCUUUCCCACGGCUUUGUGAGAGCUGUGGACACAGAACCUCGUUGUGGCAAAGACCUUGGCACUUGUAAUCCCAAUGACCUCAACUCGGGUUGGUGUUGCUCAAAGCAUGGCUUCUGCGGUGAUGGAAGCCUGUACUGCGGUGUUGGAUGUCAAGACGGAUACGGCAAAUGUGAUCUCGCCUCCUCUGGGAACAAACCACCCAAGGUCAAGCUUUGUGGAACCAAUCACAAAGGCAACGGUUCCAACUCUGAAGGAUCCCAUUGCAGUACAGGUGACUGUUGCUCGAAAGAUGGAAAAUGUGGUACCGGUAAAGAUUACUGUGAGAGCGGGUGCCAGGCACUGUUUGGCAACUGCACUUCAACAACGUCCACAAGCUCCACAAACUCGACUUCAACUCGCUGCGGAGCCCAAUAUGGCUCGAAGAAAUGCCCCAACAAUCAAUGUUGCUCGAUGAAUGGCUAUUGUGGCGUGGGAAAAGACUUCUGUGCAGUGCCAGACAAGUGCCAGCACAAAUACGGCUUCUGCGAUUCGGACAUCAAGCCCCAAGAAACUGAAUACUUUAACUCUUCUGCCGACGACCGUUCUCAUGUAGGUGUGGUUCCAUAUGGCAAGUUCAUUCGUACCUGCCAGGUCCCCAGAGUCCUCGGCCUCAGCUUCGACGACGGUCCAUCAGAAAACACGGCAGACUUGCUUGAUGUCCUUCAGGACUAUAACGUUCGAGCCACCUUCUUUGUGACGGGAGUCAGCGGUGGCAAGGGGGCCAUUGACCAGACUGAUAAAUGGAGAGAGCUCAUCCUUCGCAUGGUUGACGAAGGACAUCAAGUGGCGUCACACACAUGGUCACAUCGCAAUCUCGACAACCUCACCUCUUCCCAACGUUGGUCGGAGAUGGUCAAGCUUGAGCAAGCUUUGUUCAACAUCAUUGGCAAGUAUUCCAACUAUGUGAGACCACCAUAUGUUCAAUGCAACGAAAGCUCGGGAUGUCUCAAGGAUUUGGGCGACCUCGGCUACCACGUCAUUGGCUGGUCCAUUGACAGUUCUGACUAUCGACAUGAGAACGAUCUUGACGCCAUGAUCCGUGAGUUUGAUGCAUCUUUUGAUGCAAUUGAUCCGGAAACGGGCAGCGCCAUUAUCAUCCAACACGACACCAUCCGCAAGUCUGCCAUUGACUUAACCAAACACAUCAUCAACCGUGCACAGGAAAAGGGAUUCUUUCCUGUCCCGGUUUCGCAAUGCGUGGGCGAUGAACCCGAACAAUCUUACCGUGUUGCGGUCAAGACUGACCAGCGAAAUGAGACAGCCACGACAAAUGAAUCCGACUCGACACCGACACCAGAAUCUUCCGCAGCCAAGGUGGCUCCUUUCCGUUGGAGUCGAUAUCUCGUCAGCCUUUUCGGAUCGGCUCGUGCAUACAGUUCUGCACCUGUCCCUCUUGCCAUCCCACCAAAGAAGGCAAAAACUGAACUAUGA